AUGUCCCCUACCGGCGAGACAGGCACAUCGUCUACUCCGCCACGCGCCAAUGCACCAGCUCCAGCUCACAGUGCUAGUCAAUUAGAAUCCACCCCAAACAGCCGUGGGGCUGCCGUCGUCAGCGAGAAUAUCAGCUUGGUCGGUGUCAGGGUUAAGGAAGUCCGUCCAUGGAUUCAGCGGGACAUCGAGCAGGCUAAGCAGUGCAAAGUAGAUGCCAUGUUACAAGCCCUCCUGCAGCGCGCUUCUUGCGCUCCGGAGACUAAACAGUCCGAGCUUCUGCAAAAGUGCCUAAAGGCAGUUCUGCCGGUUUGCAAUGGACAGGUCUCCGCUGGAGGUAUAGACGCUUCGGGCGUCGAGACAGCCCUGAAAAAAUACGUACGUCCAGGAGCAGAAAACAGCUUCUACGGCCCUUUUAUAGAGGCCACCAACAUCGCGCUCGUUUGCCUCGAAGAGAUCAAGGUUGACGGGAUGCGUGCUCCUGUCCCCGCCGUGGACAUGAUCUGUCAGCAGAACGAUAUGCCCAUGUACCAAAAUCACCAGACCGUAAAAUCAACUCGGAAGCCCGACUGCGUGAUUAUUCCUUUGAACAGCGCAUGCGCUUCCUUCGAGGAUGAGAAGGGCAGCAAGAAGGGUAAACAGAAAGACGACGAGAAGCGCAAGGCUCACAUGGUCAAGAAUGCAAUGGCAAAGCCAGCAGCGCCACUCCCCUGGACAGAUGUUCUAGCUUGCAUCGAGUUCAAGAGGAAGACAGACAGGAAGAAAUUGAUCAAACCGCCGCACUCUUCAAAUAAAGUGAACGAUUAUGUUCCUACAAAGCCAGAAUAUCUGCCUGUGGAUCGUCUUAAGGCUGGAGAUUCGGCCGCAGGCCCUUCACAGGCCCCAACAACACAACCUGCGUCCGACACUGCACUCCUAUCUUCCGGCCUUACUACUGCCCAGCCUUCCCAGGGCGGGUCCAGCUCCAAGCGCAAGGCCACGGACACUUUGGAAUCCGCCGCGAAAAAAUCCAGGAUCGACACCGACGAGCCAGAUGUGACCGUUCAGACGGGUCUGUACGCCGCUGAAAUGUUUGCGGCCAAUCUUGCUGUCAAUUAUCUGAUUAAUCUUAUCGUCAUCGGUGGGGCACCAUUCAAAGCUCGGGCAAUCAACUUCAUUCAAGAUCUCCCACGAUUCAUGGUGUUGUUGUAUGCUUUACAACGAUUCGAGCUUAAUGAUUGGGGCCGAAACAAGGACUUCCUGCCAGUUCAAGUUGAAGGGAAACGCUGCCAUCAAUUCAAAAUCAAGGAUGAGGAACUUGGAGACGUGGAUCUGCUGCUUCAUACCAACCACGACGAACGCGUGACGCACUACGGACUGCAAGGACGCGCCACCAAUGUGGUCCCUGUCACUAGCGAAGCGCUCGCGAAGAAAUGCAUAAACAUCCAGGAUGGGAUGGUGGCCAAGAUUUUUUGGGGCGAGGUGAAUCGCACUAGCGAGCCGAAAAUCUUGGACAAGGUCAACGAGAUCGCUAAGGUGCACAGUACCGUAAAAGACCAUAUUCCUGAGCUACUCUGGCAUCACACGUUUACGAAUCCCACGUCCGCCAUCCGAGAAGCACUCGGCGUUCCGGAACCCACUACCGGUAGUCGCGUGCUCUAUGUCCUUGUAUUCCGCAAGCUCCACCCCAUCACGAAGCUUUACGGCAAAGAGCUUUUCGAUGUGUGGUAUCAAUGUAUCCAAUGCCACGUUACUUUGUGGAAGGAAGGAGUAUUUCAUCGAGACGUCAGCCCUGGCAACCUGAUGUGGUACAGGAGCCUCGGCAAGCUGAUAGGUGUCUUAAAUGACUACGAUCUAUCCUCGUUGGCGGAUGACCAGGGUCCUCGAGGCAACGAGCGCACGGGCACAAUACCGUUCAUGGCGCUCGAGCUUCUCUCCACACAGGGUCAACGAGGUGAAGUCAAACACCUAUAUCGUCAUGAUCUGGAGUCGUUUAUGUGGUGCUUCGCCUGGAUUUCCUUGCGUUACGAGGCCGGAGCCCUUCUACCAAUGAAAUCGCGCCGGUUGGAUGAUUGGGCCACUUCUGGCGCAGUGACAUGUGGCAUGCUCAAGCUAUACUUUCUGAAUAAUCUCAAAGAAUACCGAUCCCCUCACAUAGAAUCACUUAUGUGGAAGUUCCUUGUGGAGUGUUUUGUGGUGCUUAAAAAGGAAGCCGACGCUCGAUACUAUCUUGGCCUUCAAUGGCUCUCAGAUGGAGACGAGCAGCCCAACCCCGAGGAAUCCGAAUCAGAUAUUGAUGGUUUUCUACAGGCAUUCAAAAACACCACGAGCUGGGCUGCGCUCAGCAAACCUUCGCAGUGA